AUGGGAGACAUCCUGUGUGUAAGUGCUGUCAGACCAGGAUGCACCAGCUGCUGUUCAGAGAGAAGGGACUCCCAACAAAUUCAAGGCCUUCAGCACAUGGAAGCAGUGACUACAGCAGAGAGCAUCCCUUUCUCUACCCUCUCUGCAGCCCCUGCAGCUCCACAUCCUCCAGAGCUGGAGGUACAGGGCACAGUGACUCUUUCUACAGGACACACUGAUUCUUUCCAGGAGCAGGAUGUUGUGGAGAGGUUCAAAUGGAGACAAGGCAUCCCAUUUGGAGCUGCCACAUCCUAUGUACAUCUAGAAAAGCUGUGUGAAGGAUCCUGUGCAACUGUGUACAAGGGGAUCAGCAGGAUCAACAGCCAGUUGGUGGCACUGAAAGUGAUCAAGCUGGAGGCAGAGGAGGGAGUGCCCUUUACAGCCAUUCGGGAAGCUUCUCUUCUCAAACGUUUGAAACAUGCCAACAUUGUUCUGCUUCAUGACAUUAUCCAGACUAAGGAGACACUAACAUUUGUCUUUGAGUACAUGCACACAGAUCUAGCACAGUACAUGGGCCAGCAUCCUGGAGGACUCCAUUCGUACAAUGUUAUGCUCUUCAUGUUCCAGCUUUUGCGUGGCCUGGCUUACAUCCACCAACAACACAUUCUUCACCGUGAUCUGAAACCCCAGAACUUGCUCAUCAGUUGCCUCGGUGAGCUCAAAUUAGCCGACUUUGGCCUUGCUCGUGCCCAGUCCAUCCCCAGACAGACAUACUCCUCUGAAGUUGUGACACUCUGGUACCGUCCUCCUGAUGUGUUGCUUGGAGCUGCAGCUUAUUCUUCUGAUAUAGAUAUCUGGAGUGCAGGCUGUAUAUUUGUGGAAAUGAUCCAGGGUCAGGCAAUAUUUGCAGCAACUUCUGGUACUCGUGAACAGCUGGAGAAGAUCUGGGCGGUAUUGGGGGACCCAACUGAAGACACCUGGCCAGGACUUUCCAAGCUCCCCAGCUAUAACCCAGAACUGGUUGCUUCCAGGAGACCUCAGAGACUCCAAGUCAUCUGUGACAGGAUAAGCAGGGUGCCAGCAGCAGAGAAUUUGGCCUCCAGGAUGCUCACGGCCUUCCCUCGAGGCCGAAUCUCUGCACAAGAUGCACUUCUUCAUGGCUUCUUCAGCCCUCUGCCUCAACAGCUCUACAAAGUUCCUGUUGGACAGUCAGUGCUCACAGUUCCAGGGGUGAGACUGCAACCUGAAAUCUGUGACCUGUUUGCUUCUUACCGAAGAGGCCAUGUCCCACAAGGUUCGAGCAAGUUUUGGUAGAAGUAAUGGACGAUUGAAUAAUUCUUGGAAAGCAAUGUCAGAAGGAUUGACUUGGCAAAGAAGAUGUAACAGCACAGUCUGGACACUGGACUUGCAGAAUAUACUCAGCCAUGUGUCACUUAAUAGAGAGCUCCCUGGACCAGAAGAUCGAUGUACAAACAGGACAGAUGGGGAGUGACAAUUGAAAGAAUGUAGAGGCUCAUCCAAGGCUUACAGAGACCUGUCAUUCCUGGGGUAUGCCUACAAUCUCCUUCAACAAAAGAGCUCCUGAGGGAAGGAGGGGAUUAGUCAAAAGUUGAGUGAAGUCUCCAGGGAAGAUGGUUUCUUGGAUAGAGUUGUCAACAAAAGGAAUUGUUUAAGACUAUUUGUUAUAAUUUCCUAGAGGGACCUUCUGCCAUUACUAACAGGAUUACCAGCGUACUGGUUCCACACCAGCAGAGCAUUAGACAUGUGCAUUGCAGACUGGUUGCUUAGAGCUGAAUUCAGGGGUUUUAUACAGCAUCCCAAACGUGUGCAGGUGUUGAUGAGCAGAGAGGAGAUGGCAGAGAAUUAAGAUGCAGCCAAAUGCAGUCCAUUUUUGGUCCAACUGUUGCAGAGAGUCCUGGUUUAUUCAUGACUUUCCACAGUGUUUUAAUCUCUUUGAUCUCAAGGCUGCUGACAUACUAUGAGGAGGAAAGUUAAUCUGAGGUGAGUGCUGAUGGGGAUACAUGGGGAAAUCAGAGACCUCUUUCCCAACUGCAGUUACUGUGAAAUUUCUCAUGGAAUUCUUCCUCGAAGGAUUG